UCAUAAACUCGUUCUCAAUGAAAUUAAAUUCAAAGUGUUGAAUAAAAAAGUGCUUUUUUCGUGUAUUUCCAAACAUGAGGUCAACAAUCAUAUUAUAUAAUUUAUUGACUAGUCAAUACAAACAACAAUUAGGACUCUGUUUGAAACAGAGAUGUACACCAAUGAUUCUCUCACAUUUGUAUUCGACGAAUAAAGAUGAUUUAAAAGAAUAUGAAACUCCAUUAGAAAAUAUAAGAAAUUUUAGCAUUAUAGCACAUGUAGACCAUGGAAAAAGUACUCUUGCUGACAGGCUUUUAGAGUUGACUGGAGCUAUCAAAGUAAAUUCAGGAAUGCAGAUAUUAGACAAGUUGCAAGUUGAAAAGGAAAGAGGCAUAACAGUAAAAGCUCAAACUGUUUCUUUGAAAUAUAAGCUAGAUGGUAUAGAGUACGUUUUAAAUCUAAUUGAUACUCCUGGACAUGUAGAUUUUGCUUCUGAAGUGUAUCGCUCUUUGGCUGCCUGUCAAGGUGUUAUACUUGUGGUAGAUGCUAAUGAUGGUGUUCAAGCUCAGACAGUCGCGAACUUUUAUUUGGCAUUUGGUUGUGAUUUAAUAAUAAUACCUGUUAUCAACAAAAUAGAUUUAAAAAAUGCAAAUCCUGAAAAAGUUGCAAAGCAAUUAUUCAAUCUAUUUGAUAUAAAAGAAAAGGAGAUUUUGAAAAUAUCUGCAAAAUUAGGAUUAAACAUUGAAGAAGUUUUAAAAGCUAUUAUUAGAAGAAUUCCUCCUCCACCAAGUGACAGGGAUAAACCAUUGAAAUCUCUAAUUUUUGACAGUUGGUUUGAUCGUUACAGAGGUUGCAUUGCUUUAGUCUAUGUUAAAGAUGGUGUGGUUUCUAUUGGAGACCAAAUUGCUUCCUGUCACACAGGAAAGUCAUAUGAUAUAAAAUCAUUAUCCUUCCUUAGACCAGAAGAAGAGUUUGUUAAAAAAAUAUAUGCAGGUCAAGUUGGCUGUAUCACUUGUAAUAUGAGAUCUUCUGGAGAGGCAUAUAUUGGAGAUACUCUACAUUUGAAGAGUACACCUGUUGAGCCACUUCCUGGAUUUAAAAUAGCUAAAUCAAUGGUUUUCGCAGGUGUUUAUCCAAUGGAUCAAUCUCAGUAUCUUUCUUUGCAAAGUGCCAUUGAGAAACUCACAUUGAACGACAAUGCUGUGUCAGUAACAAAGGAGUCAAGUCCAGCUUUGGGUCAAGGGUGGCGACUUGGCUUUCUUGGACUUUUACACAUGGAAGUAUUUUCGCAAAGGCUUGAACAGGAGCACGAUGCUCAAGCUAUUUUAACUGCACCAGGAGUAACUUAUAGAGCAAAAAUUACAGGAAAAAAGAACAUUAUAAAAUAUAAAAGUGAUGAAAUAUAUUUUAGCAAUCCAUGUCAAUUUCCAGAUGUACAAAUUAUACAAGAAUUAUUUGAACCAAUGGUGAUAGGAACAAUUAUUGCUCCAAUGAAAUAUCUUGGAGCAAUCAUGUCGAUUUGCAUGGAAAGGAGAGGAGUUGAACAAUCAACAAUAAAUAUUGACAAUGAAAGAAUAAUGAUUAAAUUCAAACUCCCUCUGAACGAAAUUAUUGUUGAUUUUCAUGAUGAACUUAAAUCAGUAAGUUCUGGCUAUGCAAGUUUUGAUUAUGAAGACUGUGGAUAUGAAAAAUCAAAUAUUAUCAAAAUGGACGUUUUACUGAAUGGACAACAAGUAGAAGAACUCAGUACUCUCGUACAUUAUACAAAAGCGACUGAAAAAGCCAGGAAAAUGUGUCUCAAACUACUGGAAAUAGUUCCUCGCCAGCAAUUCUUAAUAGCAAUUCAAGUCUGUGUAGGUGCUAAAGUAUUGGCUAGAGAAAAUUUGAAACCGUACAGAAAGGACGUAGCGGCGAAAUUGUAUGGUGGCGAUAUUACUAGAAGAAACAAAUUAUUAGCGAGGCAAAAGGAAGGUAAAAAGAAAAUGAGAAUGGUAGGCAAUAUUGCUUUGCCUCGUGAAACAUUUAUAGACGUACUAAAAAGAUAAAUUAAACUGUAAAUAACAAAUUUUAUAAAAAUAAAUCGUUAAGUUUUUGAAAUAGUUGUUAAAAGGUUGCAAAAUUACCAC